GCUGUUGUGCUGUGUACUUACCUGGAGAUAGGAAGCAUUGAUCUGCGGGACCGGUCUGUGAUUGAACUGGGAGCUGGAACUGGAUUGCUGGGAAUUGUGGCCACGUUAUUAGGUGCUCGUGUCACCAUCACAGACAGAGCUGCAGCCCUUGAGUUCCUGGAGUCAAACGUGCAGGCCAACUUACCUGCUGAGCUGCGCCCCAGGGCCGUGGUGAAGGAGCUGACCUGGGGAAGAGACCUGGGGAACUUCACUCCGGGGGCAUUCGACUUCAUCCUGGGUGCAGACAUCGUUUACCUGGAGGAAACGUUUGCAGAGCUGCUCCAGACCCUGGAGCACCUGUGCUCAGAGCAAGCUGUGAUUCUUCUGUCCUGCCGGCUCCGCUACGAGCGGGAUCACCGGUUCCUGAGGAUGCUGAGGAGCCGUUUCUCCGUCCACGAGGUCCACUAUGAUUCCAGUAAGGAUGUGCACAUCUACAAAGCACAGAGGGGCAGUCCCAAGGAUGACUUUUGA